AGCCAGCGGAGAACAAUGCGCUCGGCCCUUCUCCGCGGGGAGUGGCCGGCCGCACCCGGGUGGCCUAGAUGCCUGCCGGGAGAUGUAGUGUGCCGGGCCCUUCGCGUCACGCCCCGCCCGCUGGCCAGCGGCGCGCGCGCAACCACAAGUCCCGUCACGCCCCGCGCGGUUGGAGCAUCCGGCUCUCGCCAGGGAGGGAGUGCAGCGAACAUGGCUGAAGACAGUCGUGGCGGCUUAGCGUGCGGCCGGGCUGGCGGCCCGCAAUACCUGGCCCACACCCCCAGCCGCCGCAACUUCCCAGAGUACGAGCUUCCCGAGCUGAGCACUUGCGUGUUCCACGUGGGCGCCUUCGGGGAGCUGUGGCGGGGCCGGCUGCGCGGGGCCGCGGACCUGUCUCUGAGGGAUCCCUCAGCACCCGCGCUGUCCGGGAACCCAGGGGUCGCGGACUCCGGUCGGGACCAUGUCGCAGUGGCCAGGGAUCUGGGCUGCAGUCUGGAGGCAGCGGCCGAGCUGAGCACGGUGUGCAGCCUCGAUAAACUGAAAUGCCUUGAGGAAGGUGAAGAUCCAGAAGUCAUCCCAGAGGAUACUGAUCUGGUGACUUUGAGGGCUAGAAAAAGGUUCUUAGAACAUCGAGAAGAAACCAUAACGAUAGAUCGUGCCUGCAGACAAGAAACAUUUGCUUAUGAGAUGGAGUCACAUGCAAUGGGGAAGAAGCCUGAAAAUCCAGCAGACAUGGUUGAAGAGGGGGAGCUUAUCCUAUCUGUGAAUAUCUUGUAUCCCAUUAUAUUUCAUAAGCAUAAAGAACAUAAGCCGUACCAGACAGUGCUGGUAUUGGGAAGCCAAAAGCUCACAGAACUGAGGGAUGCCAUUUGCUGCGUCAGCGAUCUCCAGAUUGGUGGUGAAUUCAGCAACACUCCUGACCAAGCUCCUGAGCACAUCAGCAGGGACCUAUACAAAUCUGCCUUCUUUUAUUUUGAAGGAGCAUUUUACAAUGAUAAAAGAUACCCAGAAUGCAGAGAUUUGAGCAGAACUAUCAUUGAGUGGUCAGAGGCUCAUGAUAGAGGCUAUGGAAAGUUUCAGACGGCUAGAAUGGAAGAUUUUACCUUCAAUGACCUGAACAUUAAACUGGGUUUUCCUUAUUUAUACUGUCACCAGGGAGACUGUGAACAUGUUGUUGUCAUUACAGACAUAAGGCUUGUGCAUCAUGACGACUGCUUGGAUAGAACACUGUAUCCUCUUCUUAUCAAGAAACACUGGUUGUGGACUAGAAAAUGUUUUGUUUGUAAAAUGUACACAGCUAGAUGGGUGACGAACAAUGACAGUUUUGCACCAGAGGAUCCAUGUUUCUUUUGUGAUGUUUGCUUCCGAAUGCUCCAUUAUGAUUCAGAAGGCAACAAACUAGGGGAAUUCCUUGCUUAUCCUUAUGUUGAUCCUGGAACUUUUAAUUAAAAAAGGUCCAACAAUUCAUAAGUGUGUGUAAAUAUAUAUAUAUAUAUAUAUAUUUUUAUGGGGGGGGGGUACCGGGGAUCGAGCUCUGGACCUUGUGCGCUUUCGAGGCACACGGCGGCACCACUGAGCUAAUCCCUGGCCCAACAUAAGUAUAUUAAAUUUAGUUAUUUAUUCCACUUUAUUUUUAUUUGCUUUUUGCUCAUUUUAAGUGAAUUAAUUUAUAGAGUUAUGGAAAUGAAAUAUACGUCAUUUUAUAUGUUGAUUCUGUAUCCUAAGUGAUUUUUGCUAAUGACAGUUCAAUUAAUGACUCGUCAAGUGGUGGUGGAAGUGUUUUGAAAAAAAUGUUUGAAGAGUGAGAGCUACACCUUCUACUAUGACGCUUCUUCCUAAGGUUAUUUUUGAAAUUCAACUGAAUUCCGUAUCUCUCUGGAUGCCUAAGAACAGACACUUACCAUGUCAAUAAAAAAAAACUUAAGAAGCCUGUAAGACUGUUUGUUUAAAAGAUUGACAGUGAAGGACGUCUCAUGGACUUAACAUGGCACAUGUCCAAUUAAGUCGAUUGACAUGGAAAUUACAAGUCUCAGUUUCUGGUAUGUCUAGUGAUAUUUUAAUUCACCAAUUUAGUACAACGAUCAGCAUACGGAGCUAGGAUAAGAGGCCCCUCCAGGACUGCCUUACAUUGUGCCCUAGUUCUCAAAAUCCUGCCACAAAAUCAGACUUAAGAGAGUGAUUUACCCAGUUCCUAAAAGUCCACAGGUAAAACUCACUUUUGUUUCCUUUAUUUUUUAUACUGCAUUGUAAUACUGUUAUAUCUGGCAUUAAUAUGCAAAGAUCUGUUUACUUUGAUUCACUUUCAUUUCAUGCUAUCACAGCAGAACAUCCCAGAAAGCUGUUUCUCAUAAAGAAUGAUCUCAUGUA